CGGUAGUUGGAUUGUUCCCGAGCUCUGGGAUUUUUCCGUGGUCCUUCUGGCGUCUUUUACUCCGUAUUCUGGGCCCCUUUUUCCCUUUUCUUGUGGAUGCCGCUGACACUGUGGUUUCUUUCGCGUUGUUGUUUUGUCAGUUACUCCGUAAGCUGUCAGCACAUCGGAGGUAACCAGAUGCAGAAUUCUUCAUACCGAUGUCAUGUCGGGGUGUCAGAUCUUGCAAUCUCACUACUGUUACUUCCCAACUCCGGAGGAGGAUUUGACAUGAAUAAGCUGAUUCCGAACGGAACGUUGUAGAGUCGUACACCCACACCUGUCAGCAAGAAUUAUUCUGCUUGGAAAAUUCUUAUUUGUCCGACUGGUCAGAUCUGAUUCUGUG